AUGCAACUGACUGCCAUUGAUGUCAACGAAAGAAACAACAAGUCCCUUGAAGACUUGGUUACUCCUUGGAAAAUCCCGCCUUUAAAAGAUUAUUACAUCAAAAACGCAAAUCUCGUGGAUGUCAGGGAAGGAAUAACUAAGCCCGGUGCGCAUAUUUUUACGUCAGGGGGCUUCAUAACCAAUAUAUGUUUCUCAGACCAUGAAGCCGAUAAAUGUACUUCAGACAAAUUUGAGAUUAUUGAUGCAACGGGAAAGUUCGUGAUGCCUGGACUGUUUGAUAAUCAUGUCCACGUAACAUCUGUUCCUGGUGAGACUGACUUGUCUAAAACUCUGAAUAUGCCAAAAACCCGCGCUCUUAUGAGGGUAAGACAUAAACUUGAAGGUGCAUUGGCUCGCGGAUUCACCACUUUGCGAGGUUGUGGAGGUGCAGAGUCUUACAUCAAAGCCGCUGUUAUAGAAGGAUCUGUAAUUGGCCCCCGGUUGCUGACAUGUGGCCACGCAAUCUCCCAAACAGGAGGACAUGGAGAUAUGAGACCCGCUGAUUUACCUGGUGAAGCUUUUGAUAGCUGUUCCUGUCACAUGAACGACCUUGGAGUUGUAGCGGACGGAGCAGCAGAGUGUUACAAAGUUGCUAGAGAAGAAUUAAGAAGAGGCGCAGACUUCAUCAAGAUUAUGGCUGGUGGUGGCGUUGCAUCACCAACAGAUAAAAUUACUAAUUUGCAGUUCUGCGAUGAUGAGGUUACUGCUCUUGUAAAGGUAGCUAAAACCUAUAACACUUAUGUCACGGCCCACGCAUACACUCCAGAGGCAAUCAAAGCUUGCGUUAGUUACGGAGUUAAAGGUAUAGAACACGGGAAUCUUUUGGACGAAGAAACAGCCCAACUAAUGGCCAAAGCAGGAUGUUACCUAACCCCUACUUUAGUAACCUACAAGAUAAUGGCAUCUGAUCAAUUCUCGACCUUUUUAAGUGGGUCAAAUAGGGAAAAAAAUACCCAGGUCUUGUAUCGCGGGAUUGAGGCCCUCAGAAUUGCCAAAAAAAAUGGCGUUAAAAUCUGCUAUGGAUCUGAUCUACUCGGAUCUUUGGGCGGUUACCAAACACAGGAAUUCUUUAUAAGGGGGAGAUAUCUCUCGACACAUGAAGUUCUACUAUCCGCAACUAUAACUCCAGCAGAAAUGAACGGUCUUCAAGACCAAAUUGGUGAAAUCAAACCGGGCUUCAUAGCAGACAUGUUGUUGAUGAACUCCAAUCCUUUGGAAAACAUUACGGUUCUCGACGAACCUGAAAGUAACCUUGUUUUUGUGAUGAAAGAAGGAAGGGUUUACUAA